AUGUCGCCCCCCUCGCGGCGCGGUGGGCGGCGCCCGGUGGAGGUGCGCUCGGCGCUCAGUCCGGACGGAACGGGAGAGGUGGCUGGACUUAGAGCUGGAGCGAACAUGACCACAGGACUGCUGCCCAUGGCGAGCGCGGUGAUGGCCGAUCCGCAGCUGGACGCGCUGUCGGAGGUGUCGAGCCGGCGCGACAGCCGCGAGGACUUGCAGGAGCUGGCGGCCGCCCUGGGCAUCGCCGCCGUCACCGACUUAAAGGAGGACCGCUUCCGGGUCGACCGCAGGAAGCUAGAGGCGAUGCUCAUCGUUCAGGUUAUGGAAGAAACUUGUACACACAUAUCGUGGCCUACCAGGCUGAAAAUAGGAGCAAAAUCUAAAAAAGAUCCACAUAUUCGUGUUGCUGGUCGACCUUCAGAUGUGAAAAAUGCCAAAGACAUGGUGAUGUCUGUUUUUGACACACGACAAAGCAACAGGGUGACAAUGAAACUGGAUGUCAGCUACACUGAUCAUUCACAUAUAAUAGGAAAGGGAGGUCUGACAAUAAAGAAAGUAAUGGAGGAAACAGGUUGUCACAUUCAUUUUCCUGAUUCGAAUCGCAGUAAUCCAACUGAAAAAAAUAACCAAGUUUCAAUAUCUGGUGAAAUGCAAGCUGUGGAGAAAGCUAGGGCAAGAGUAAGGAUGCUGACACCACUUAUCUUUAGUUUUGAAUUACCUGUAGUGGAGCUUGCACACUGGGACCCAGCCUCAGCUUAUGUACAACAGCUGCAGCAUAAGUACAAUGUACAGGUGACUUUCCGUACAAGAGCUCGACUUAAUGCGACCUUGGUUAUGGUGAAAGGCUGUGAAUGGGAAGUGGCUCAAGUAAAGGAAGCGACACUUCUUUUGGUGUCGCAUCUCUUUAGAGGAGCAGUGGAGCAAGUAGUAAUGCAGAUGACAAUUGAAAUAUCACCUCAGCAUCACCCAAUUGUUUUGGGAAAGAACAGAGAAAACUUAAAGCUCAUAAUGCAACGAACUGGGACACAAAUACUUUUCCCUGAUGCUGGUGAUCCUGGCAUUCCUAGUCUGAAGAAAAGCAGUGUAAACAUAACUGGAACAAUACAUAAUGUUUACAAAGCCAGGCAGCAGCUAAUGGGAUCACUUCCUUUGUUGCUGAUGUUUGACUUGCCUGAAGAUGUUAUUGUGGAUCUAGAAAAAAUAAAUAGUGUGAUGGAGACCUUGGAUGUUCAUAUCAAUGUUAGACACAAGCCUAAGCAGAACACCCUUUCUUUAAGUAUAAAGGGAAUUGAGCGUCAUGCAAGCAAGAUAUAUGAAGCAAGAAAAUUACUACUGAGCCUCAAGGAGCCCUCAGUUCAUGCUGAUAUACCAGACUCUUACUUCAUCCCUGAUGAUCAUCCAGUAUUUGAAGUCAACAGUAGUGGAAAAACGGAUAGUGAAAAGUAUGACACACCACUGCUGAUGAACAAUAAUUACCAGUGUUCACCAUGUUCUUCAGGAUACAAUUCACCAUCACUUCCACUGCUCUCGCCAGACCUAGCUGGUCAGGCUACUCCAUGGGGAUUGUCAACAGUUUUGCCUUCUCUACCGAGCCCAUAUCUUCCUCCUCAUCUGUUCAUGCAGCAUCCUUCAAUUCUCAGCAGCAUGUCUUGCAGCAGUGGAUAUGCCAGUCGGUCAAACAGUCCUUUAUCACUUGCCUCGGAAUCAAACAUGUGCAAAGGUACAAAUUCUCCAUUAAGUCAUUCAACUAGUCCAGUAAGAAGUCCUGCAGAGAGCCCAAGAACAAAAAGUUGUUCUCCAGUGCAGGAUGACACACUCACAAAUAUUUCUGGGCUUGGAAAUGCAUUGUUGGAUCUAAUGGACUAUGCUGAUCUCAAGGCAUCUAGCUGUGAGAAGAAAAAUGUGGAGAUUGUAACACAGCAAACAAGUCUCUUUGACUAUGACGAGAAAAGAAAUAUGGCCUUAGAAGCAAUUCAGAAACCUCUUGGAACUAAUUUAAGAACUCCAACAUCACUGUGGUCUGGAUAUGGCUUCAGCCAGUCCAGUCCAACACCAGAAAUGAAACCAAAACACAAUGGACUUCUCCAGGAUUCUGGUGAUCUGGACCCAUGGAAAACAAACAACUCUGUGGUAUCUCCAACAUUAAAUUCGACUUCAGACUUCAGCAGUACAUUAUUAACUGGUGAAAAUGGACUGAUGAGUGCAAGCAACUACCUAGAUUCUGCACCCACAUCUGCUGUGAAUCAAAUUGCAGGAUUGAAGACAAAGGAUAUUGCUUCACUUCUAACAUCCAUUGGACUAGAAAAAUACAUUUGUAUUUUCACUAACCAAGAAAUAGACGUUGACAUCUUUCGUUCUCUCACUGAAAGUGAUCUCCGAGAAAUUGGUGUAACUGCCUUAGGAGCUCGUCGGAAGUUGUUACUUGCAAUUUCAGAGCUCAACAAACGCCAGAGCCCAUUCUCUGGGAGUGCAGCCCCAGGAGCUGAACGUAAACUUGGUUCAACAAUAAAUAACAGUCCAAUAGGAGAUAAAUGGUAA